AUCUUGGGCAUGCUGUGUAGUUCCAUUAGGAAGUUUGUCAUCAUUUCAAAUUGCAGCAAAUGAUCGUAAUGAGUUGCUUCCAGGAAUCUGGGAAGUAUUCUUUUAGCAUGCCAAACGAAUGGAACUUUUCUUUCGAUUACCUCUAUGGAGCGAUGCUUAUUCUUGCAUUCUACGUGCCAGGAAGUCCACAUAUGUACCGCUCGAUGCUUAUUCUUGCAUUCUACGUGCCAGGAAGUCCACAUAUGUACCGCUCGAUGCUUAUUCUUGCAUUCUACGUGCCAGGAAGUCCACAUAUGUACCGCUCGAUGCUUAUUCUUGCAUUCUACGUGCCAGGAAGUCCACAUAUGUACCGCUCGAUGCUUAUUCUUGCAUUCUACGUGCCAGGAAGUCCACAUAUGUACCGCUGCAUGCUUGUUCAGAGGUCAAAAGCUCUCUCAAAAUCCAAAAAAGAGUACAAAAAAAAGAAGGUUAAUGUUAUUCUCCCAUUCAGUUCGUCUUAA